AUGUCUGCUACAGAAGUUCUGAUCACCCACCCACAGGUUUCUCGCUGCAUUCCCGAGGAGGAACUGCCCUGCAAACCCUACUGCAUGAUCCGGAAUGAAGGGCUGCACUCCUCCGCUGGCCUGGCCACAGCAGGUUUCAGGACAGCCAAAUACCUGACUGAGGAAUGGCUGCAGAACAACUACGCCAAAUAUUACCAGGCAUUCGCCGACCGGGACACGGCGGAGAAUGUGCACAACAUGUCCAAGACCUUGAUAGCCGAGAGGGAGAGGCUGACCCAGGAAACCCAAGCCACCUCCACCAAGAAGCUGGGCGAGAGGCUGCAGGACAUCUUCUUCUGGAAGUCCGAGCUGAAGAGGGAAAUCGAGGACCUGCUGGCCGAGACCGAGCUCCUGCUUCAGCAGAAGAGGCGCUUGGAGAUUGCCCUGGACGCGACCGAGAUAGCCAUGUUCAUCUCCAAGGAUAACCUGCAAAACAGGGAAAGGCGUCAAGGCCCCGAUCUGGUCAAAGACAGAGUGGAAGACGAGCUGCUGAAGGAAGUUGAUUUGAUUCAAAAUGUCCAAGGAGUUUUGAAGCGAACUUUGGAUGAGGUCAACAAGCAGAUAAGGAAGAACAGAGAUGCCAAGGAGGUCCUGGAACUGGAUUGGUCGGACAAAUACGAAGCAUACAAAAUUGAUGUCAAAGCCGGAGGCCUCAAUAACCAAAGCACAAAUAUUCAAUUCCAUCCAAACUCUGCUAAGUUUGAGGACAAUUCUUCAACUCCGCAGACGUGGGCUGAGUUCACCCAUUGUAACAUUUAUAAAGCUGAACAGGAGCGAAUGGCCUCCAUUAAUCUUCGUGCUCUGGUUGACAACGUGUUACUUGAGACCUCGCAAGAUCUGCGUUGUCAGUAUGACCGUGUCAACGCUGCCUUUCACCAGCGUCUGGAAGAACUUAAUGAUGCAAAGGCUAAAUUGGAGUAUCAUCUAAGAAGGACACUGGAGCAGAUUGCAGACCAGGAGAAAAACAUCGCCCAUCUAAAACAGGCCAUAAAGGACAAAGAGGCCCCAUUAAAGGUAGUUCAAACUAGACUUUAUGAGAGGACCUACAGGCCCAAUGUGGAGCUCACCAGAGACCCUGCUCAAUUUAGCUUGAUAUGUGAGGCUGGUGAAAUUGAGGAAUCCAUCGCUCUCCUGCAAGAGAAACUCCGAGAAGCCCAGGCAUCCCUGGAGAACUUGGAAAAUACUCGAAUGACACUCGAGAAGGAAAUCGCAAUAAAAGCAAACAGUAUAUUCAUUGAUAGUGAAAAGUGCCUGAAACACCGUGAACGAUACCCAACCGUGAUUAGACUUUCAGGUUAUCAAUAA